AUGCCUGUUGGUGUUCCAAAAGUACCCUUUCGACUUCCCGGAGAAGAAGAUGCAUCGUGGGUUGACCUAUACAACCGACUUUAUCGACAAAGAUUACUUUUUUUAGGCCAAGAUGUUAAUAAUGAGAUCUCGAAUCAAAUUAUGGGUCUUAUGGUAUAUCUCAGUAUAGAGGAUGGUACCAAAGAUCAGUAUUUAUUUAUAAACUCUCCCGGGGGAUCGGUAAUACCCGGAGUAGGUCUUUUUGAUACUAUGCAAUUUGUGUCACCAGAUGUCCAUACAAUAUGUAUGGGAUUAGCCGCUUCAAUGGGAUCUUUUAUUCUAGUCGGAGGAGAAAUUACCAAACGUCUAGCAUUCCCUCACGCUAGGGUAAUGAUCCAUCAACCUGCUAGUUCUUUUUCUAAGGGAAAAACGGGAGAAUUUGUCCUGGAAUCGACCGAACUACUGAACCUGCGCGAAACCAUCACAAAGGUUUAUGUCCAAAGAACAGGCAAACCCUUAUGGGUUAUACCCGAAGAUAUGGAAAGAGAUGUUUUUAUGUCAGCACCAGAAGCCCAAGCUCAUGGAAUUGUUGAUCUUGUAGCGGUUUAA